AGAUGAGAGAGUAGGAGAGGAGAACGGGGAGGCCAUUUUUUUUAACGUUUCGAACAUUCCAAGGAGCACCUCGGUCUCUUCCUCCUCUCCCCUCUCCCCUCUGUUUCAAAAAUGGAAGGCGAAGGGGGGCCCACCGCCACCGAGACCGCCUCCCCCUCAUCGUCUCCGCCGCACGAACCCGAUUUCUCGCCCGUUGGAUCUCCUGAUGAAACCGUGUCCGACCUUCCUCCGCUGCCGUCCGAGGACGAUCACGAUCACGAUCAUGAUCAUGGCCCUGAUCAAUCGGCUGGGACAGGCGGUCUUACUGACGAUCUCAAACACAAAAUUAUCAAGCAGGUGGAAUAUUAUUUUAGUGAUGAAAAUUUACCCACAGACAAAUAUAUGAUGAGUUUGAUUAAAAAGAAUAAAGAGGGGUUUGUUCCUAUUUCAGUUAUUGCUUCCUUUAGGAAGAUGAAAAAGCUUAUGCGAGACCAUUUACUAAUAGCCGCUGCGCUAAGGGAGUCUUCCCUUCUUGUUGUAAGUUCAGAUGGAAAGAAGGUGAAACGACUUCAUCCUCUUCCACAUACUGAUAUCAGGGAUCCAAAGUUAUGCACUGUUUUGGUAGAGAAUCUACCAGAGGAUCAUUCAGUGGAGAACAUUAAAAAAAUAUUUGGUGAAGCUGGAAAUAUAAAGAAUGUAUCCAUACGUGAUCCACAUGCUCCGGAAGAGUCAUCGAAAAGCAACAAGGCUGAGAAGCAUGUCAGUAGUAAGUUGCAUGCCCUUGUAGAGUACGAGACUGUUGAGGCUGCUGAAAAAGCUGUGGCUACUUUGAAUAAUGAACAGGACUGGAGAAAUGGCAUGCGGGUCAAGCUUCUGAAACGAAUGGGGAAGUACGGACAGAGAAAACAGACCUGGAGGGCUUCUGAUUCUGAGAAGAAUCAUACUACCCGGUUGUCUGAUCGAAUGGGAUAUGAGGAGAAUCACAAUUCAGUUGAGCAUCAUGAUGAUACACCUGAUGAAGAGGAUGCGGAUCAAUUGCAUAAAGAGAAAAAUGGACAUAGGGACCGAAACCGAGGACGAGGUGGAAGGCAAAAGCAUCGUGGCACCAAUGGGCAUGGCCAUGGAACUACUUGGUCUAGUCAUGCACAUGAACCCUCAAAGCCGCCACCUGGCCCAAGGAUGCCUGAUGGAACCAGAGGAUUCACAAUGGGGCGUGGUCGACCUCCAAAUUCAAAUCAAAGUUAGCAAGGCGAUUUGAUGAAAAAAAUAUCUAUAGGGAGGUUGUUUAGUGUUUAGCCGUAUUUCUUGUAUUAACAGGGAGAUGUGGAAGUUGUAAGUUGACAAUGUGACAGAAAAGGCGUGCAGGCGAGAAUGUGGUUGAACAUGCAUGCAAGCAAUGUAUUUGUAUAAGUGCUUUCCCUCUCUUCUCUGUUUGUGCCUUUGUUUUUUAUUUUGGAUUAAGCGUCGGAUUGCUGUGAAUUGAACAAGAACGUAUGUGGGUCAUUCAGACAGAGUGAUUGAGAAAUUGUUUGUUUGACCACCACAAUGAAAAAAUAGAUUAUAAUGUUUAAAUUA